CUGAGGGGAUUUUGGGGCAGUGGGGCCCGGGGGAUGGGUGGGCGUGGCCCCCAGCCCUUCCCCCCCGGGGAAAUUUUGGGUGGGCGUGGCCUCCCGGGGUCACUGGGCCGCGUCUCCUGUUUUUGGGGCCUCGUCGGGGACGGUGGGGGGAUGGAGGGGGCUCCCCAAAAUCGGGGGCCUCUCCCAAACUGGGGGAUCACAAGACCCCUGCUCAUCUUCAUCCUGCUUCUCACAGGCUCCCAGUGCUCCCAGACAACCCCCAAAGGCUGUGCCCCCUGCACAACCCCCUCCUCGCCUCCCCCCCCCGGAGCCCCCCGAGACGCCGACCCCCGUGACCGUGACCACCGGGAGCCCCCCGAGCCCCUCCUGCUCCCCGGCCCCGCCCCGGGGGUGGCUCCGGGUGUGGGGGGGGCCCCCCUCCCGCGAGGAGCCCGUGGGGACCCCCCUGACCCUCGAGUGCCACUUCCGAGGCCCCCCCGACACCGCCCUGACCUGGCUCCAGGCGUGUCCCCCCGGGCUCGGGGAGGUCCCCCGGAGCUGCCCCUGGCCCCAGGAGGUGGUGGCCACCCGGGGGGGCCGCCAGGUGGCCCGGGUGGUGCAGGAAGGGGGGGGGAAGCUCCACCCUGA